CACGGCAGAGGGAUCGCUUUCGGUGCUGCUGAGACUGCAGUCGAGUUGCUGGAGACUUGGCACUGUUUACAUCGACUCCCUCGCUGUGGAAAGUGAGCAGCUCUUGAGGGAAACAUAAAGUUGCUAACAGUUUGGACUGCCCUGGAUUUCUGGCAGAGGGACUGAGGGAGAGGGCCCAGGAUUAGAGCGGACCGGUGGCACAAUGUCCAGCGAAGGUGACACCAAAGGUCAGCCUUCCACAACGACAAUCAGCACCGUCGCAGUGGAAGCUGGGGAAUCUCGGCUUAUUGUCGCAAUUCUUAAGUGUGGGCCACUGUUGCAGCUGCGGCUGGCUGAAUCAACACCAAACCUUCUAGAGAUUGGGAGCAACCAGGAUGAGACCAAAAAACACCUUGAUGAGCACGAGCAGCUCCUGACCAACCUUAAGAAACAUGAACAUGGUGUCUGGGGUCUGCUGUCUGAGGCAGAUAAGGUAGCAAAGGACAAGAGAAAUGAGGUGGAUGUACAUGUGGCUAUGGCCAGUACACUGAGUGAUGCAUGGAGGACCUUAAUCGCACAGCUGGAGAAGCGAAGGUCCCUUCUACAAUUAGCCUCGGAUUUCUUUGACCGAGCCCUGGAGUUUGCCAUUAAGAUUGAUGAGGCAGAGGACUUCCAGCACAGUGUACCAGAGUUUACUGGACCUGACUGCCUAAAGGAUGUCCUCCAGAAGCACAGCUCUAUGAAAAAAGGCCUCUUGGAAAAAUCUAUGCUAGUUUUGAACAAGAGUCAGGAGCUUUUGGACCUCUUGAAGGAGUUCCAGGAGGAUGAGACUCUUGUGAACCAAGGAAGGUUUUUGGGCGCACAUAGGAGCUGUGAAAAGGUGGAAAGCCUCAUGGAGAUUCUGCAAGACCGCCGUAGGCAGGUGGAUCGCAAUAUGAAACAACAGUACCUUGACCUGGAGAUGAUGCGCCACAUCUACCAGUGGGAGCAGCAAGAACAGGAAGCAGCAAACUGGUAUAAGAACUAUGCUGAGAUGUUCCUCGAUAAAGAUCAACUGGGUUCUACAUUGUCUGAAAAUGAGGAACUGCUCCAGGAGUACAAAGAUUUUGAAUUGAAAGCCAAGGACUGGAGCUUAUUGGUAGAAAGACUGUUGAUGGAGGCAUCUGAGAUUCUGACCUCAGAAGGUCGCACAGAGAAGGGACAUCUGGACGAGAGGACACAGAAAUUGAAGACUAUGCAUGAAGACUUUUGGAAUCUCAUGGCGGCUCGCCAGGCACAGCUUCAGGAUAGCAAUCACUUCUUCAGCAGUGCUAAUAAGGCAUUUGAAGUGUUGGCGGGAAUUGAAAGUAGCCUAAAAGGGGUGAGGUCCGAAGUGCGAAGUUUGCCCGAGCUGGCCAAGAAACACGAGGAACUGCUAUGGAGCGUCAAAGAAGCAGCUGCAGAACCCCUACAGCAAGGGCAAUUCUUCCUUAACAAAGUCAACCAUCAAAGCACUCAGGUGGUAGGGGUGCAGAUGAUGAUUGGAUAUAUUCAUGAGCGGGUGGAUUCCCUAAGCAAGGACUGCCAGGCCCACAGGGAGCUAGCAGAGAAGAGACAGCUGUUGGUGUCCUCAUUUGAAGACCUGGUGGACAAGGUUUCAGCAUGGAUAAAAAGUGGCAGCAGUGCCCUCUCCAGCAGUGUGGACCCAGGACUGGUGCUGUCAGACUCUGAAGAUGUGCUGAACAGACAUCUGGAGCUUUCCUCCCAGACCCAGGGUGUAGCGCAUGAAUUGGAGGCCAUCUCAGAACUCAUUAAGGAACUGAAAUCAUUAGAAUCUCCUGAGGCCGUGGAGUUCUCCAAUAAAGCCAGCAUACUGAGUGAAGAGCUGAGAACCCUCACCAGGAAUAUCAUUGCACGGACUGAGAGCCUCAAGCCCUACGUGAGCUUCUUACGGUCUGCAGAGGAGGUGGACGAGCAGAUCUGCAGUCUACAGGAAUGCUACAAAAACAGGCCCGAUGCUGAGAAUGAGGAAAGCAAUGCAGCGAUGAAGGAGGUUGCUGAUGCCAAGUGGCAGUCCCUGCUGGAGAGGUUCCUUGUUGUACAGGACCUGGGAAACAAUUUCAUAAACUCCUUUAACAUGGUCAGUGGAAAUAUGAACACCCUGAAUAUGAAAUCAGCUGUGUGCGUGGUGGAGAAGACUUUGGAUGAUCUGAAUAAGAAGAAGACCAACCUUAUGGAUCUGUGGACUUCUUGGCAGCUGCACAUCAGCCAGAUUAAAUCAGUGAAAAAGCAGUGGAAAAAAUUUAAAGAACAGCUUAAAAAGACAGUCCUCAACCUCAAGACACUAGAGGAUGUUCUCGUUCCAGCCUCCAAUGUUGACCUGGGAAGUGAUCUUCUGACUGUGUCUCAGCUGCAGGAUAAUUUUAAUCUUGCAAAACCUCAAUUUGUGAAAUUGAAUGCAGAGGUGGAAUACAUGGUCAAGAUUUCUGAGAUGUUAGCCUUAAAAGGAAUUCCUAUAAAAGAGAAGAAUGAGAAAGUCACCGAGCUCCUGCACCUGCACGAACGAGUAAAAGACAAAAUCAAAGAGUACGAAAGAGUCCUCAACGUGGCAGUUAAAUUCCACCAGCUAUUUGAUGAGCUGGAAAACCUGCUGACAUCAGAGCCAGUGACAGGAUUCCAGAACACCAGCCAGGCAAGGAUUCAGCUGACACAACACCAGGAGAGGCAGAGCCACGUGCGCCACCUGUACAAGCUGGCCAUCUCUCUGGGGGCGGACAUCACCAGCACCGCGAUGCAGUCGAAUGUGCUGGGCUUCACUGCGUAUUGGAUUCAGGACAAGUUGGAAAGACUGGAAAGGGGAAGUGCGAACUGGAGCGUUGAAGCUGAUAAGUGUGAGGAGAGUCUGCUGAGCAAUGUGCACUACUGCAUCUUCAAAGAGGAGAUCAAUGAGCUCAGAGAGUCAUUUAAGGAUCUUAAGAAGAAAUUCAAUAACUUGAAAUUCAAUUACAUGAAGAAAAAUGACAAGUCGAGGAAUGUGAAGGCAGUGAAAAACCAAAUCCAGCAGAUUGAGAUUUUUGUUGAGAAACUCCAGGUAUUGAAAAAGAAGAUGCAGACUUUCACAGUGAAGAUCUCUGCGAGUACAGAGCAUCUAAAAGGCAGCAGCCCCAGAGAAAUUGAGGAUGCUGUAAAUGAGCUGCGGAGACAGCUGGGAGACUUUGACAAAGUGGUGGAAGAGUACAAGCACAACCUGGACAUGACAGUGAAACUACAACAAGCUAUGGAGGAGUAUCAGUUUUGGUGUGAUGAUGCAAGUGCCACCAUUGUGCGUGUAGGGAAGUUCUCCUCAGAGUGUAAGACCAGGGAAGCAGUUAGUACCCUCUACAAGCAGUUUGAGAAGUUUGUCUGGCCCACUGUACCCCAGCAAGAGGAGAGAAUCAACCAGAUCACUGAGCUGGCUGUUCGUCUUCAUGGCCCAGAAGAAGGAAAGAAGUUUGUGGAGAAAACAGUCAACAAACAUAAUGAGAUUGUUGAAUCCAUUAAGGAACUGUGCAAUGGUUUAAUGGAUCUGGAAGCGAAACUCGAGUCGGAGGCUUUAAAAGAGCAGUCUGACGGAAAGGGACCUAAUGGGGAAAUCACAAGUGAAGAAUCAAGAUAUACAACUGAAGGGACCAAAAUCUCCAAGGAAUCCACAGAGAUGGAGUAUGAACCGAAAGAGUCUGGACACACUCCUGAAAAUACUGGAAAAGAAGUGCCUGUGAAGAAAUCCAUUAAGAACCUUCACUUACACAAAGACCAGAAUUCACCAGAAAAUCUGUACCCGGAAAAGUCGGAGUCAAGUUCUCACGCACUGGAGGAAUAUUCAGAGAUUAGCACAGUCAAAACCAUCACCAGCAGAUCAACAGUGGAGACCACUGAACAGUUGCACACAUACUCCCAUACACAGACCUUCAACAUCUCCUGCUCACCGGUGGACAAGAACCCAAAGAUUAAUGUCCUCCACCAGAAAGAAAGUGAACCACAAGCCACACCUCCCCCAGCUCCAAGUUUCUCUGACAUACAGAGAGAGUUCCAGAAGAAGGGAUCUGCUCAGAAGACCACUCAUGAGAAGGUCAAAUCUUUCAGUGGGUUACAGGUCCCAUCUACAGAUACACAGGGUGCAGUGCAAUACUCAACAGGAGAGAGUUUAUCACAGGAGGUGUCAGAUGUGCUCCAAUCUCCAGGGGAUGGUGGUGGCCUGCCAGAGGGAGAGCUCUAUACCGAGGACUCACUAUCUAAUGAUGAAUAUGAGUGCACCUCUCCUGACGACAUCUCCUUGCCCCCCCUGUCUGAAACACCUGAAUUCAUCCAGUCAGAGAAUGACUUAGAUGAUGGAUACUGCCUGAGUUCACACAGCCUGCAUGUCAACCAGUACAGCCAACAGUCCCACUGCCACCUUAACGACACCACAACCUUCGACACCACCCAACAAAGGCGCGACUGGGUCUCUACCCAGACUGAGGACUUCCCCUCCCCCACUGAGGUCCUGGGCACCAAGUUCAGGGCAGAGUCUUCUUCCUUUCUGCGCAGCCCCCUGACCGUUCCCACCCCCACCCUCGUUUCCAACACGCUCUCCACUAUCCUGAAAAGCAAGCCAGUUCCAAGCCUGCCACCCGGCACCCUCAGCAAGUGCCACCAGACCAUAUAUGCUGUGCAUGAAAGCUUCACAGAGACACAGGAAUGUGUGCAUGAUCCCAGCCAGGGCAGAGGGACCAGUGCCCAAGCUGAUAACAUGCAUGUCACCCCCUCCCCAUUAACCGCAGAGCAGGACCCGGACAUCUGCAAGCCCACAGUCGUCCGAGAGGAGAUCAGGCUGAUGUCCGGGAGCCGAGCCUCGGGAAGCCUAGUAGGCCAGGGCCCUAAAUUCUCCAAACUGUUGUCUAAUGCCACAGUAAUGGAAGGUUCCCCCGUGACCUUGGAGGUAGAAGUCACUGGAUUUCCAGAACCUACUCUCACAUGGUACAGGAAUGGACAGAAAGUGACCAAUGAUGAGCACAUAGAACUGUCCCAUAAAGAAGGCAAACACACGUUGUUCAUUCAGAUGGUCUCUGAUAGCAACGCAGGCCUCUAUGUUGUUCAGGCCAUAAACUCUAGCGGUACUCUUACCUCUAGCGCUGUGCUACAGGUCAAAGGUAACUCCUGCCCUAGUGUUGCCCCCACUUUCAAGCUGGACUGGCUCACUUGCUUUGGCACACUCUGUGUUCUUCUGUGGCUGCUGUACUUACUCGUGUUGUAGUGCAACAGCAUACUGUAUAGGUCUCUAUUCACUUCCCUUCACUGUCCCUUCAUCAGGACUUGUAUUUGCACACCGCACCUGAAACAAUUACAAAGUCUACUGUAUCUAUGUUUGUGAUGUUUCACUGCUAAACCAGAUCACUGCCUCUUUUACCAAUAUUAUCACUGUAUUGUGUUUAUUCUUAGCAAUUAACAUUCUCCCUUCUACAUGGUUAUUAAUAUUGAACAGAGGUGUGUUAUUUUUCAAUCAGCAUUUUACUUUUCUCUAUAUUAUGGCAUAAGGUUGAAUUAUGUUCAAGCAUUGAUCCCGACUGUAGUAAUUUAAAGAUAUCUGGCUGUCAUACCAUGUAACAAUAUGGACACUGCACAUAUUUUGUCUGUACAGUAUUUAUUUAAUAUGGCUUUUCUGCAGGAAUUCAUAUUUGAAGUCAACUAUGACAAUAUUAUGACAAUGCCAAAUAUGACAAUGAAAAUGUUAUUUUACUUAUCUCAGGUCAAACAUUAUGUACAGUUUGCUAGUAUAUGGAAUUUUCAUCAGAUGAAAUUUGGUAGUUUUAUUUUUAUUUUUCUUCAUAAAAGCUGAUUGGCAAUCAAGUAUAUGAACAGUAUGUGGCUGUCUGAAAUACCUUCAUCUUCAUUCUUAAUUUGUUGGUUACAAUUUAGUUGACUGAUGAUGCUAAUCAUUUUAGGUUAUGGUGUAUUGUGUGAAAUAAAUAACUUCAUAAACAUUGUGUAGGGAUAAACAGCAGUUAUAUACUGUAUAUAGGCUUCCUUGCACAUUGUCUUUCCAGUUUUUUUUCCAGACUUUUGUUUAGUUAACAUACUGUUUGUAUUUUAUCUGUGCCACUCUUCUGCUGCAACCCCUUGCCAAGUAGCUUUUAGUAAUUGGUCAUUUCCCCUAGAAAUAUGUAUGUUGACCUAUUCAUUAAACCAGCUUAACAGAUAACAGUGAAUUAAGAUACCAGUUAGAGCAAUAUAGUGAACCACUGUGUUUAUAGACAUGAUAAAUAGGGUGGGUUCUCUAUUUGAAAUAAUUAAUUUGAUACUUUAAGAAAUGUUAGAGAGCCUUAGGGGGCCAUCUAAGAAUUAUGCUGGUUUACACAGUAAAAAAGCUUAAUUGUGUAUUUUGAAGGCAUAAAAAAGUAUGUAGCUUCAUGUUACUUUUUUGCAUUGAAAUUGCAUGUGUUUUCCCCAUAUAGUUAUUCUUGGAUAGGUGUGUUAUAUUGAGGGAAUGGGUGGCAGUGUAAUAACUAUAGGAGGUAGAGUGUUGUUUUGAUCAAGUCACUGCCACAACAGUCACUUCAUAAUGUAAUCAACUAUCCAGUCAACUGAACAGGGUAUGGAAUUGGAAGUAUAACAUUGAUUCAAAAUUACUGCGAAACGUAACCAAGGAACAACAAAUGAAAAACUUGAAAUUAGAUCAAAAUUAGACAUGGAGAAAGUAGCCUGCAAGGAAAGUACUGCUCAUUUCAAUAUCAAUAUUUAUUUUAACUAAUACUCUUAAUUCUCUAAUUAUUUUUGAGCACUCCACAUAUGGAAAAUGUUUAAAAUAUAUACAUUCUGAGCAUAUUUAUCAUUCUUAACUCUGCCAUUUGAAAUCAGAACAUCUAAGUCAACACUCCACAAUAAAAAUUAAAAGAGAGAACAGCAACAGAAUUGCUUGGGUUUCGUUUUUUUUUUCAACAGAUGGCUAUCCAUUAUAUAGUUGUGAAGACAAGGUUUUAAGUGUUGGGAAAAUAAACUUUACCCAUGUUUACUGAUGUAUUGGCAUUACUGAAUAAUUUCUAAAUAAUGUAAUAAUUGUAAUGUGGUGUUUUGCACUUAAACCUAUAAGGCAUAUUUGGCUGUUUAAUUUGCAUGGCAUACUGACCAGUAUUUUGUAUUUGUCCAGCUGUACAUGCAUACACAAAGACUACACAGCAAAAUGACCCAAUGGCAUGUUGCAGACAAAUAAUAUUUUUCUCCUUUUUCAAGGCUCUGUCAGAGUUUUAUGUUUUUUAAGAUAUCCUUAUUUUAAAUAGUGCCUCCCAUUGGAACACAUGGUACUGCAUCAACAGUAGGUUUCUGUGCAUAUUCCUGUGUGGAAUGAACCACAUGGUUAAAAAAGCUAUGCUAUGCUGAAUAGCCCUCUAUAAAGAAAAGUUAACAGAGAUAUAAGAAAAAAAAAAAAAAAAAUAAUAAUAAUAAUAGCCUACAGGAACAGUAUGACUUACAACCAUAAUUGUGCCAUAUUGUUCUGUCUGCAAAAUGCUCACACGAUAGCCCAGCAAAUUGGUAACACAAUUCUGUACCUCUUGAUGGGCUACCUAGCAAGAGAAAGUACCGUAAUGUACAAUACUGAAAGUGAACAUGUAUGCAUAGAAUCAUCUUUAGAUAUUAACACUUUCAUUGCUUGUCCACUAACUGCAGGUUGUGACACCGUUUCUACCAGCCUACAGUGAAAGCACAUCUCUGCAGCCAGACCUUAUUGUCAUGGAUGUUCAGUGCAUAAGUAGAAAUAUGGAGCUGUGUUCUGCUGAUGUUUUGAUAUCUACAAAUAAUAAUUCAUAUUUUUUGAUUCAAUUAACAAAACAGACCAAUGUCAACAGCAAUCCCACUGAUUAUCUUGAA